AUGGACCUGCUCGCGGGCGAAAAGCUUUACAUCGACGACACCCAGAUCUUUGAUGACGCCAACGCACUAGCGUCGAGCAUCACACCUGCGGCCCCCUCAGCCGCCGUGCACUCCUCUUCAUCCCCCACAUCCCAACCCACCAACACCACCGACGUCGACAUGGACGGCGAGGGCGCCGCAGCCACUACUCCGCACCGCAUCAUCCGGCCGCCCAGCCAGAAGGAGCGAGAGGAGGAAGCCCGGCGACAGCGCGAAGACAGCUUUGCAGAGGACGACGCCCCGUUCUUCAAGAAGGCCCCUGGGCGGCCGGCGGGCAAACCCCGUAACGAGUACACGCCAGAGGACGACGACCUCCUUUGCCGCUACGUGGCGCAGUACCACGCGGGCGGUUCGUGGAGUUCACGUAAGACGUACCAAGUGAUGUACGAGUGGGUCGCGCGACAUACGUGGCAGUCCUGGCUUGAGCGGUUCAAGAAGAACAGCGUGGCGUUUGGGAAGCGUGUGAACCGAUACGCUAGAGCUGGGCUGGAUGACUCGCUCAAGACCGUCGCGGAGCGGACGGCGAUGCGUGAGCGGGCAAAGGACAAAGGCAAGGUGAGGGGGGAGCCGUCUAUGGGCAUGGAAGCGGGGCCGUCCCGCAAGGGCAAAGAGAAAGCGACGGAGACGCCCAAGCGCCGACUCGUGCUCAGCGACGACAACGACGACGAGCCGCGCAAGAAGGACCCACAGCGCCUCGCCCUGGGGCGCAACAGGCCUGGCUCAGGAUUCCCGACACAGCCUCCUCGAGGAGGUCGCGAGCCGCUCUUCAUGCCUGGUCCCUCGGGUAUCCUUGAGUCUGUUGAGCGGGUGCAGGCCCCGCCGCUUGCUGAGCCAGUAGUUGACAAGGCUGUAGAACAAGCUGCGCCUCUGCCACCUACCGAGCAUGCUUACCCCUCGCCAAAUGCUGCAACAGAGGUACAAGGAACUGCGGCGGCGCCAGUCCAACAACCGCAGCGGGGCCAAGCGGUGGAGCAUCAGCAGAGUGCCCAAGAUGCCGCACCUGUGUCGGAGCAACAGCCUCCUCCGGGACAGCAGCCGACUGCUCCCGAGCAGCGAGAGGAGUCGCCCGCAAUCCCUCCUUCAGGCCAGCAGCCGAGUGGCCCCGAGAAGCCCGAGGAACCCGUUGCAACCCCACCUCCAGAAGCACCUGCUGUCCCAGCAUCCCCGACAGCGCCUGCCCCGACGCAGGCUCCACCAUCAGCUCAACCACCCGCCGCGUCAGCAUCGCCUGCGCCACCGACGCCCACACAACCGUCCGCGGCAGCCCUCCCGCCACCGACGCCCUCGGCAUACGCUCCUCGUCCCAGCUCCGUAGCGGACCUCAUUGACCGCCGUCGCACCCCCCGGCGUCCACGACACACGCUCGCGACGGUGGCUGCCCCUCAUUCUCAACCCUCGCGGCGUCGAGUCCUCGAGACUAUCUCGGUUCCACGCGAGCUCCGCACGCCGAUCCCGGCCCCGCGCGAGACAUCCCCACAGGAACCACUCACGCCAAAACCCUCUCCGUCUCCAAAUGUCCCGCUCACACCCGUCCAACUGCAGCAGAAACUCGAGGCUGGCCGCGAAAUCGUCACUCACGCCGCCCAGACAUAUCGAGGAUACAUUGACCGCUGGCUUGGUAUGUUUGGGGUGGGCCAGGCCGAGAUCAUGGCUGCAGUGGAGGAGGUGCGAGCACGCACCGACCUCAACCGCGCGCCACUCGUGUUUGGUCAAGUCGAACGUGUGCUCGAGGAGCGGUAUGGGCGGGUCUAG